AAUUUCUUUCUGGGCUUGUAUUUCAGCUACUAAUUUCUGUCCAUCAAAUAGAUUUUUCCACCUCAAAAGUUUCCAUGCAAUAGUAUUGAUUUCUGAAAGAGACUCUAGAAAAUGUUUGAAGCCACUUGUCCAAACUGUGGUCAUUUAGUAUAUUAUGCGGAGAGGGUCAUGUGUAUGAGCAGAUGGUGGCACCGGAGUUGUUUACGCUGUGCCAAAUGUAAUAAAGUAGUGGAAGCCACCAGAGCUUGUUGCAAAGAAGGUAAGCCCUACUGCGCCCGUCCUUGCUACAAUAACCUAUUUUUCACAAAAGGUUACAAUAGAGUGCAUUAUCAGUAAUAACAACUGAAACUCAGAAUCAAAUCAUGUGGGACUACUAAAGCAAAAUCUAUUCAAGUCUAAAAUUUCAGGCUAACUAUCAUUUUACGAAUUUUAUAUUGUAAUAGCAACUCUAUGAAAGGAACUGAGUUUUUGGAAUAAAAUAUAGUUCAGU